AUGGUGGCUGGUAGAGAGCUUAGUAGCCCCUCGGGACUUGGAGCUACGGUGGUAAUAGAUAGUGAUCGUAAUCCAUUUCUCCAGUGGUUAACCGGUCUGCUCGGUACGGCCACGACCACGCAAGCCCCGCAACUAACCCCACCGGCAAACUGUUCCGAGUGCAAAUGCGGCCGAACCAAUCAGGUCACGCGGAUAGUGGGAGGAACGGAAACCCGCGUCAACCAGUACCCUUGGAUGGUUAUACUGCAGUAUGGCACUACCUUCUACUGCGGAGGAUCCUUGAUUUCCGAUCGACAUGUACUGACGGCAGCGCAUUGCGUACAUGGAUUUAAUCCGGCCAAGAUUAGUGCCGUCCUGCUUGACCAUGAUCGGUCCAGUUCGACGGAAACUGAAACCAUUACAUGCAAGGUUGAGCGAGUCAUAAAACACAAUGGGUACAAUCCAAGCAACUACAACAGUGACAUCGCUAUCUUAAAACUGGAUCGGGUGUUAAAUUUUGACCAGAAAUUGCGACCGGUUUGUUUGCCAUCGCCGAAGAAAACGUUCACAGGCUAUGAGGGAAUUGUGACCGGCUGGGGUGCCACCAAGGAAAAUGGCCAGAUAGCAGUCAACCUGCAAGAAGUUUCGGUACCCAUCAUGUCCAAUGCGGAUUGUCGGAAGAGUGGUUACGGAGAAAAGCGAAUCACCGACAAUAUGCUCUGCGCGGGGCUUCCCGAUGGUAAGAAGGACUCCUGUCAGGGGGAUAGCGGGGGACCGUUGCAUGUCAUUAACAAAGACUACCCAGCGGAACAAAUUCAUCAAAAUGCGGGAAUUGUUUCGUGGGGUGAGGGCUGUGCAAAACCAAAUUACCCAGGAGUGUACACAAGAGUAAAUCGCUUCCGAACGUGGAUUAUGACCAACACCAUGGAUGCUUGCUAUUGCUCAGAGGAUUGA